CGGUCGCUGCUAUGGGACCUGAAGAAACAAACACACCAUUGUGGCAAACAGUGUUUAAGAUGGGUCAUGGGAACGGGGAGACAGGGAUAGCUAACAAUGCCUGUUCCCGCAGGAACAACGCGGUGGAGAAACACUAGGCCAGACCGCUGGGCCACGAUUUGUUUGAGACUCCGGCCCCCGGCCAGGAGAACCCAAGCAAAUGAAACAAAGCAGCUGAGCGAUGGUUCUUCAGAGGACUUGGAGAUUUUGGACACCGACAGCUCCGAAGGACCGAACAGUUUGGGCCUGAUUUGUUUUUGCCCAGACCCAAAACCAGAUGCUCCACAGAAUGCCAAAACAGCGGGGGACGCUUAUUCUAUAGGCCUGUACUAUCUAAAUUUGAAGGAGAAAUUCGGUAUUAAGCCGGUGCAAGUUCGUAACAGUAAAACCGUGAUGCGUGCAAUUGUGCAAGCGGCUGUGCACGGAAUCAUUAAGCACUGCCUGAGGGAGAAACAAAAUGAGGAUUGUCCUGGGUGUGCCAUAGAUGCCCCUGGUCAGAGGCAUCAUGCCUGCGUAUACUGGUCUUUAGAUGAUGUGAAUUGUAAAAUUAAAGAAAUUAGCGGUAGUUUGUGUAUGGAGAGUGUGUUAAAUAUCAUCAUCCCUCUGGGACACGCGCUGCAGUGCCUCUGCUUAACCCAGGAACAUUUAGCUCUAGGGGCAGAAUUGGUGGACAAAGUAACAGAGGCUGAGGACCCAAAUAGCGUUUUAGAUGAAAUCAUCAAACCGACAGAUAAAUGUUUAAUGCAAAACGUUGAACGUCUUCUUCGUUCAGCAAAUUACAAAAUCUUGCUAGGAAAAACACUCACAGUUAGAGAGUGUUUUGGGAACAAAACAGGGUGUGUUGUAAAAUAAAAUGUCAGUUGAAAAUAACUGUGUAAAGCGUGCUUUUAUGGAGUUCAAGGGGUGUAAGGUUUGUCAAAAGGGCAAUAGAUUGCCCCCAUAGCAUAUGCGCAGUUAGGUUACAGUUUGUCAACAACACAAAAGGUAUAUGAAUGGCCUGUUCCUCUAACAAGGCCCACGCACCUCACCCAGCCCUGGUGCUUGUGCAUGAGGGUUAUAGGCUCCCUAUGGACCAUUUCAAAGCAGUCCCAGAACCCCUCUUAAAUCAUAUCAUCUUCCGCUUCGGCUGUACCUUUUCAUUUUCCACCCCAAGGCCCUCUGCAUUAGGUCUUAAUCAUAGCCGCUAUGAUUUCAACAAUGUCUCAGGUUUCUCGUCUACUGUUUCAUAUCAUUUAAUGAUGUACAUCAUCUAGAGUUACAGUUCGCAUAAAAGUUUUAUAAAAAAACCCCAAAAUAUAUUGUUUAGGGCCUUAGACAAGAUAAUGAUCAACAAAAUUGUAAUUAUUGCUUUGCAGGCCUUGCUACAAAGUGUCUUUAAGCUUAUUUUUGUUAAUAUUUCUGAUAGGCCAUAGGAUGGGGGAGGUAAUACCUCAUAAAGUG